CGUCGCCAUCAGCGCGCACGCUUUCUGUUCAUUAAUAACAAUAUCAAUAUUAUCGUAGAACGUCAAAAUGGCACGUACGAAGCAAACCGCCCGCAAGUCCACCGGUGGUAAAGCGCCACGCAAACAGCUGGCCACCAAGGCUGCGCGUAAGAGCGCCCCGGCGACCGGCGGUGUCAAGAAGCCCCAUCGUUAUAGGCCCGGCACCGUGGCCCUCCGUGAGAUCCGUCGCUACCAGAAGAGCACAGAGCUCCUGAUCCGCAAGCUUCCGUUCCAACGUCUAGUGCGCGAGAUCGCCCAGGACUUCAAGACCGACCUCCGCUUCCAGAGCUCCGCCGUUAUGGCCCUCCAGGAGGCCAGCGAGGCUUAUCUCGUGGGACUCUUCGAAGAUACGAACCUUUGCGCCAUCCACGCUAAGCGUAUGACCGGUCGCGGUAAAGGUGGAAAGGGAUUGGGAAAAGGUGGUGCCAAGCGGCACAGGAAAGUGCUGCGUGAUAACAUCCAGGGUAUCACGAAGCCCGCCAUCCGUCGUCUAGCACGCAGAGGCGGUGUGAAGCGUAUAUCCGGAUUGAUAUACGAAGAGACCCGCGGUGUACUGAAGGUGUUCCUCGAGAACGUCAUCCGCGACGCCGUCACCUACACUGAGCACGCGAAGAGGAAGACCGUAACCGCUAUGGACGUCGUGUACGCCCUGAAGCGUCAGGGUCGCACCCUGUACGGUUUCGGCGGUUAGAACUAUCGGCAAUGCUGUUUACUUUCACUGCAUCGUCCAGUCAAUAGAUCUCACCGUUAGAUCUAACGAAAAAAGGCCCUUUUCAGGGCCGCAUAUAAUUCCUUAAUACCUACUCUAAAAUACACAUACGCUACAUUACACAACGAA